UCUAUAUCUGGAAAAAUAAAAGAGCCAAAAAUGAGAAAAAGCUCCCAUGGCUGACUGGCUCUCCUUCGUUAUUGCGUACGCCCUCUUCAACCCGUCAAACGCGUAUUGUCCCUCAUUUUAUAGAUACCCAGUUUGUCGUUCUCAUCAAUGGCUUCCGUCUUAUAAUUGAGUUUCUUUCCAAGCGGACACUGCUAUAUUAUUUUCUCUUAGCAAUGGAGGAAGCAGCUUCAGCCACCACAGGAAGAAAAGAAUGGAACCGAACAUUAAGCAGGAACGCUUCAUCUUCAUCGUUUCGUCUGCGCACAUCCCCAAGUCUCAACACUCUCCGUCUCCGUCGUAUUUUUGACAUGUUUGACAAAAACGGCGACGGAAUGAUCACCGUUGAAGAGCUGCAUAAAGCCCUUAGCCGUCUGGGUCUAGACGCUGACAUGUCCGAGUUAGAAUCCAUCGUUACUUCAUACGUUGAACCGGGCAACCUGGGGCUUAAGUUCGAAGGCUUUGUCCGGCUGCACCAGUCGUUGGAUGACGCGUUGUUCGGGUGCGAAGAAGAAGAAGAUAUCAGCACAGAGGAGGACGGCCGAGAGGGCACGAUGACGCAGGAGGAGUCUGAUCUAUCAGAGGCGUUUAAGGUGUUCGAUGAAGAUGGAGAUGGUUUCAUUUCUGCACAUGAAUUGCAAGUGGUUUUGGGGAAACUGGGAUUGCCGGAAGGGAAUGAGAUUUCCAGAGUUCAACAAAUGAUCCUAUCGGUCGACCGGAAUCAGGAUGGUCGAGUUGAUUUCUUUGAGUUCAAGAACAUGAUGCAGGGUGUUCUUGUUCGGGGCUCUUGAUUGUUGAAUGUUCUCUCAGACUCAUUCUGAUCUUUUGCUUCGUAUGUUCUUGUUGUUAAUGGUGCUCUGAUCUUGAUUGUUAUGUCAGUGUCAUUGAUGGAGGUCAUAGCUUGAUUUACAGUUGUUUAUGUAAUUUAUAAAAAGGAUGUAAAGAUGGUGUUUUUGUUUUUGUUGUUUA